AUGGACAUGUUCUUCUCUCAACUUUCCGACUCGGUCGACCAGCCCGAGUCGAGUUCGUUGUCCGACGACAGGGUCACCACUCGGGGGGCUUCUUGUUCCGACGGGGAAGUCAUAUUGGCUUCGAGCCGGCCGAAGAAACGUGCCGGGAGGAGGGUUUUCAAGGAGACGAGGCACCCGGUUUAUCGGGGUGUGAGGAGGAGGAACAAUGACAAGUGGGUGUGUGAAAUGAGAGAGCCCAACAAGAAGAAGUCCAGGAUAUGGCUCGGGACUUAUCCGACGGCGGAGAUGGCUGCUCGUGCCCAUGACGUGGCGGCAUUGGCGUUUAGAGGGAAGCUUGCCUGCAUCAAUUUUGCUGAUUCCGCGUGGAGGCUGCCCUUGCCGGCUUCCAUGGAUACCAUGGAUAUUCGGAGAGCGGCCGCGGAAGCAGCUGAGGGGUUUAGGCCGGCGGAGUUUGGUGGAGUGUGCAGCGGCAGCAGUGAUGAGAAGGAGAGAAUGGUGGUGCAGGUGGAAGAGAAGAACAAGAAAGGUAGUGUGAACUUGGAAAGAAGCAGAAGCUUGAGUUUGUCCUAUUGGGAUGAGGAGGAAGUGUUUGACAUGCCCAGGUUGCUUCAUGACAUGGCUGAAGGGCUUCUUCUUUCUCCAUCGCAAUGCUUAGGUGGCUACAUGAAUUUGGAUGACAUGGGAACCGAUGCUGAUGUCAAAUUGUGGAAUUUCUCCAUUUAA